AUGGCAGCCAAGUUGAUCGUAGUCCUCGCCUUUGUGGCUGCAGCGCACUGCUCAGUGGUGCCUGCAACAACAGUGGUGAAAGCAGACGACGACUACACGAGCUUUGCAUAUGAUGUGGCUGACCCCAUUACUGGAGACUUCAAAAGCCAGUCGGAGACCCGAGUCGGUGGUACAGUGAAGGGCCAAUACUCGCUGCUCGAAGCUGACGGAACUAAACGUACUGUCGACUACACUGCAGAUGACAUCAAUGGUUUCAACGCAGUUGUGAAAAAUGAACCUGCAGUUGUCACUACUAAGGUUGCUGCACCUGCAGUAGUAUCUACGCCGGUCGUAUCCCGAGCCUCUGUUCCUGCUCGCGGGAUCAGUGGCUCCACCUACACCAUCGCUACUCCAUCUAUAUACACUGCUUCUCCUUCUGUUUAUGCAAUUAAAAACAUUGCCGCCCCUUUGUACUACUCUAGCUCACCGUACACAUAUACUUCUUAUUCUGUCCCAGUAACUUACUGGUAA